AUGAAUUGUGCACCAUGUUUGAUUCUAUUAUCAUUGGUUUUGAAAUUAAAACAUACAAUUGAUGAACGAUUAUACUCUAUUGCUUUAGAGAGUAGAUGUGCUGUGCUGUGCUGUGAAGUAAAGAGGGGUAAAAAGAGGUUUGGUCUCUCAAUACCAUCAAAUUUGAUACAAUUUUUUAAACCACUGAUUCGUAUCUAUCGUCAGUUACAAAUUUCCACAAGUCGUAAUUUAGAGAUGUUUAUUCUAAAAUAUUUACUAUUAACUAUUGUUUUGGUUAAUGUUGCGCUUGGUGCAACAGAGACUGCAUUGAACUAUCAGAUCAGACCGAGUGGUAUUACAUGUGCACCUACCGCUGAGAAUUGUAAACGUUUUAUUGCCACCCAAGUCAAUCAGGGAGCCAAGAAGGUAGCCGAUGUCUACCUGACAUCGAUCAACUUUGUCAGUCAAAUCAACAAGACAGCGGCACUCUCUGCACCGCCAGGUGAGUUGUUGGUCGAGGGUUAUCUUCGUUCGACAGCGGUGCGUGGUGAAACGUUCUAUCGUAUCGAUACCACACAAGUCUAUCGUUUGUUACCGCUGAUUGAGAACAACAAGCCAAGCGGUACAUUCUUCCAUUUCGGACUGUCACACGUCGAGUGCUCCACCGGUGGAAACUGUCCAUACUUGAGAGUGCACACUCUCAACACCAACAACCUGACCAACGCCGAGGGUUUCAUCAAUCCCUACGAGAAAUACCGUGGAUUCCCAAGAGGUUGGUUAGAGGAGCGUUUCCUCGAUGGUAGUUCAGCCGCCGUCUCACAGGGUUCGUUUGUCAAUAACAAGAUAGAGAUUACCGGUGUCUAUGUCAACCUCUUUGAUCCCAAUCCAGUUUGUCCACCAUUUACCAAUCCACAAUGUUCAAACGCUCAAGUAGCAACCUAUAUGCGUAGCAAUCGUCGUUGUCUCUCUGCCACUGGAUGCGUCACACCUAAACCCACCGUUUGUCCAAAGAUCGUUUACACCUGUGAACCAGGCUACAGAUUGGUAUCGUUUGCAAUGGCACCAAAUGGAUGUUACAGCUGGUAUUGUGAUGCUGAUUUCUUACCAAAAACAUAUUAA